AUGUCUGUGGGUCGAGCCUACCACAAAGCGACUGAAUUGGACGGCUUCCUUUACGUAACUGGUACGACCCUCGGGGAAAACGUAUGGACUAAUGUGGCACCUCUGCAUACCCCUCGACGAGAUCUCUCUGUGUCCGCGCUCAGGGGCUGUUUAUAUGCCGUCGGAGGUUUUGACGGAGCAUCAGUUCUGAAAACUGUCGAGAGGUGA